AUGCCGACCAGCUCAUGUAAAGAUAUUCGAGACGCCUUGGCGCAAUGCCUCCAAGAGUCUGAAUGCGUCAUGGUGCAGCGCAACUCGGCCGCCGACUGCCUCCGCGAACCUCUCGUCGAUACCCUCCCGCUCAAGUGCAAGCAACUCAAGAAGGGCUUCGGUGAAUGCCGCCGUGGCAUGGUCGACAUGCGCAAGCGCUUCAGAGGCAACCAGCCCAUUGCUUUCACGAAGAUCCAAAAGACAGAGGACACCGGCGAGGGAUACCAGUUGUAUGCGGGCAAGUCUGCUUUCGCAGGGACACGCGGCGAGACAGACGGCACCAACAAGGCGCCAGAGGACUGGAGAGAAGCUGAGAACAGGAAAUACAGAGAAGCACAGGAAGCUGCUGCGAAGAAGUCAUAG